CACCGUAGAAAUCAGCGGCGUCGCUGCAGCUCCAGUCCGCCCGCGGAGCGUCCGCGUCCGUGGACGUGUCUGGCUGAAACCCCGGGCUGGAUGACGGGAAACGGCCGUUUGUGCGGGAUUGUGGAACUCCUCACCCCGCAUUGAUGCCAUGGAGUCACAUGGAGGGUCGUUAUACCCGGAGCUGGGCAGCUGGCUGUGAGACAUCUGGAGCAGAAAUGAGUGACCAGCAGCAGGAGGAGAGCAGCUAUGAGCUCGUCGGAGGGAUGAGGCUGUUGUCCUCAGUGGAUCUGAGGGAAUCUCCGCUCGGCUCCAGGGCGACCAGAGAUGACCUCAUGUUGUGUGCGGGCGAUCUGGAUGGGACGUCAGAGGGAGGCAGCGGGAGAAGAUCCAGGGUUAGCCUGAACUACAGGUUUUCUGAGGACAGAACCAGCUAUGACGACUUUGUGACAGCGGAUAAGAAGCUCCUCCUGAAGACGCUGAUCGCGGCGGAGUCGGCCGCCACCUCCGCUGCUGUCCAGCUGGUGUCCUUCAGAGAUGUACUGGAGGAGGACUUUAGUGAGUCCAGGUGCUCGAGUGAGCUGAGGUUGUCGAGACAGAAGGGAUUGCUGCUGGAGAAGCUGGAGGUGUUUAAGCGGAUAAACGCGUCCGUCCGUCAGCAGCUGAAGGAGUUUCUGGAGGAGGAGAUGUGCCGGACAGAGACCGAUAAACAUAUAGAUGCUCUGCAGCAGAAGCUGGCUCAGACCGAACGGGACAAUCAGGAUUUAAGGCUGUCGCUGAGUGACCGAGAGAGGAGGGUGGAGGAGCUGAUGGCUCUUCGGAAGAAGGAAAUGGAGAACACCGAGUCGGUGGUCCAGCUGUCUCGCUCAGUCGAUACCACCCGAGCUCACCUGCAACUCCAACUCCGCAACAAAGAGGCUGAGAACAGCAGGCUGGUGGUGCAGCUGAGGGCUCUGGAGCGGACUAUAGCCCAGCAGAAGCUGGAGCUGGAGGAUCUCCGGGCUCAGAUGGACUCUGUAUCUGCAGCAGCUUCUAAGGAGAAAGAAGCUCUGAAGAAAGCCACGAGGGCUCAGAAACUCCGAGCAGAGAGGUUCGAGAGCGCUGUGGAGAAAUUAUACGAUCAGCUCAGAGAGAAGGAUGUGAAGCUGGCGGAAGUUCGCUCAGAGAGAGAUAGGUGGCGCUGUGAGCAGGAGGUGGCUACAGAGGAGAGACUGAGACUGGACGCAGAGAUAACGGCACUGAAAGAGGAGAUAUCGGUCCUCAGUGCAGAGCUGCAGCGAGAGAGACAGUCAGUAAAGGCAGGCAGUGACCUGCUGCUGGAGAAAGUGGAGAAACUCAAUAGUGACAACGCUGAACUGACCCUACAGAACUCCGCAAUGAAGGCAUCAGUAACUGCACUGGAGGAGAAACUGCAGGAGUCCCACACUGCCUUCAGGGAUCAAACGGCUCUAACAGAGGAGAGAAAACGUCAGGUGGAGGAAUACCAAAGUCAGAUAGCGGAGCUGCAGGUGGAAGUGACGGAGCUGAAAAUCAAACUGGAGAGUCAGCUUCAGGAGGCCAGGGAGCUCAGAGAGGGGAGAGACGAGGAGGUUGCCCAGGUGCGGCAGUGUUUGGAGAUGCGGGUGAGGCAGCUGGAGUCGUACCCUGAGUUACUGCAGGCUGCAGAACAGAACCUGCAGCUCAGCCAGGAGCAGCUACAGCGCUACGAAAACACCAUCUCCAACAAGACUGAGACCAUCAGACAGCUCAGCAUGCAGGUGGAUGGACAUGCAGAGAAACUGAAGUCGUCUCUGGAGAUGAAAGAUUCCAUAAAGGAGGCAAAUGCUCAGCUACAGCAGAAGGUGGACUCCCUGCAGAAAAAGGUGGAGGAGGUUCAGAGUGAGAACCAGGAGCUGAUCAGCAGACUGAGCAGCCAGGAGGGGACGCUGCAGUACAGCAGCAGGCAGCUGGAGCAGCGCUCAGCUGAGUGUCAGGCUCUCCGUCGGCAGCUAGAGAGCGCUCUCACAGAUGUCGCACAGCAGGUGUGUAAGGUGAAGGAAAAGGCCUCCUCCAGAGAAAACACUCUACAGUCCAGAAUCCUGGAGCUGGAGGCUGAGAAGAACCGACGAGAAAAUGAACUUAGGCAGCUCAGACUCAGCAAAGUGUCCAUUGAAAAGCAGUUCGAGAUGCGUCUGAAGGACCUUCAGCUCAGUCUGGACCAAUCAGAAAGCCAUAAGCAGAGCAUUCAGAACUACGUGGACUUCCUUAAGAAUUCCUAUGCCACCAUGUUUGAAGACACUCUGCCAUCGACGUUGGGGUCCUCAUACUACCUGAAAUAACUCUUCAUCUCCUCCCUGUGUUUGUCUUAUUCAUGUGAGAGGUUGUAUUUAUACGCUACUGUUGGAAAGUUUGGAAUCAGAGUUUAAACCUAAAUAAAGUUCAGAUUAACGUAUAAA